UUGAAAUAAAUUUUAGAAUGAUAUAUUUAACAAUAUGUAACUUAAACUCGAACCAAACCACACAAAAAUUUCAACAACAGUAAAAUGUGGAAACAUAACUCAUAUUAACAAAUAAUGAUUAACUCUGGCUAAAAGCUCAUCUUCAUUUCAUUUUCUAUUUUUCUUCUUUAUGAUAGGAUGUCCCUUUCUCACAUUUUGUGUUUCUCACACAAUGAUGGAUUGCUCCACAACAAAGGGACAAAUGAUUGUAUUUUCUUAUUCUGAUUUUUUCUUACAAUGUUCACAUGCUGUUCUGUUGAAUCACUUGUUGAAGUGCUGUGAGAAUUCCUUCAUCCCGGGCUUGGAGGAUCUUUUCAAGCUGGUUUCUUCAGAUGCCUGCCUGCACUGAUGUGCCGUGCUGAGGUGUGUCCACUUCACUGCAUGCCUUCACCAUCUCUGCCUUCAACGUCUCUGCCUUCAACGUCUCUGCCUUCAACGUCUCUGCCUUCACCAUCUCUGCCUGAGACGAUCGACCAGGCAUUGCAUUGAUGAUGCAUCUGCAUUCUGCGUUGGCAUUUCCAAACGCAAGGAAUUGAAGCAGGUGUAGCUUUGCUAUUUCAUUGUUUACUUGCCUGUUCAUUGUCUUGGUGAGGCAACCAGGGAAUGACAUGAAAGACUUUGAAGGUCCUUGCUGGAUUAUUAUAUAUGUAUAUAUAUGUAUAUUAUAUAUGUACAAAUGUUUUCAGGUGUUUCAAUCGAUGGAACUUACAAAAUUGUUUUUUGUGGUGUACUUCUGAUGUCUGCCUGCACCUGUUGUGGCAAAUCCCUGGCUUGAAUUUUGGCUCUGUCAUGUGGUAUGUCCCCUGCCACCUGCAACAUGGUGAGGGUUGCAUUCACUCCCUGCUAUUUGUUCCUUAGUUCAUCGAGGGCUUUCCUCCAUUUAGCAUUCCUUCAAAAACUGUUUGAAGUACAGAAAUUUCAAACCCUUUUCUCACAUGACUUUCUUUCAAUCUUUGAGCACAUCGUGAUACAAUUGCCCCUAUCUUGAGUUUUCAUCCUGUAGAUCAUAAGUCAUUGGUAACACAAUACUUUCCAUGCUUCACUAUAUCACAGUUUUUCUCUUUCAGUGUUUUCUUUUUGAUUUCUUUGCAGUCUGUUAUAACUCUUUCAUCCUGUGGAUUUGCAGGAAUGUGAUUCAAUUGCUAUUACCAUGAUGCUCUUUCUUCCAUUUUGGAGCUUGCUAACAUUUCUAACUUUUCUCCCUCUCCUGGAUGAGGAGUGGAUAUUGUAAAUCAUUUUCCCCCUCCUCUAUGAGGACUGGGGCAUUACUUUUUCUGUGCUGCACAUAAUACCUAUGUGGCACGGUGAAGGGAAAUCACAGCUGAACUUGCCGCUGACCCAGCAGGUAGCCUUGAUGUAAAUGUGUAGGAAUUAUUUGCAGAGGAUUCAGAAAGGGUGUGACUACCUUAUGCUGGAAGGAGUGAUUGAGGGAAAUGCAUUGCUAAAUUCGGAUAAAAUUCCAGAGCACAGUCUUUCAACUGAAGAAAUAAUUGCUUUUUUUUUAUAUAAAAAAAAAUCUUUUGAAAAUAAAGAUGAUUGUGAUUGAGUGGCAAAACAAGCUUGGGCUACAGUCCAAAAAUCAUGUGGAGUUUGAACUGACUUGCUGUCACCAACGGUGAAUAUUUGCUGCUGCUUCUGAGCUAGCAUAUCUUGAACUUUGUUGUCUUCAGGAGUUAAUGGAGGCUUCCUUUGUUACUAUUUUUGUUGUUGAAGCUGUGCAAUCUGCUUAGAAAUUGUUGCAAUGCUUCUGUUCCACCAUGCAUGGUGGUAAUGCUGAACCGGCUGGGUUCAGUUUCAGCUUGUCCGGCUAGCCAGGCCGUUUUGACUGAGCUGAGGGAUUUGGGCUUGAUAAAAAAAACAUCGAGGGGUCCCUGGCACGGCCAAUCCGUGCCAAUGUUGUGAUACAACGGACAUAUUUAUGAAAAAUUCUUUGCCCUGAUCACUGCAGCUUUUGCGCGUUGCUGCGUGUUUCUUAUAAAUCUUAAAUGUCAUGUGUUGCCAUCAUGCAACAUCAUCUUCCCCUCUCCUUUCUGAGGAUGGGGACUUAUAAUCUUUGUGAUGCAUGCUUUAAAAAGCUGCACUUUCACAAUUUUGUCACUCGCGUAGCUCCGGCUGGGUGCUGCGAGCAUAUUUGCUGCUUAGUUUUAAUUAUUUCUAUGCCUUGGCAUUGCUGCAUAAUUGCUUUUAAUUUCGAUUGUGCACCGGGGUUGCUGGGGGACCUCCCACCGCCUGAGCACUGCUGCUAUGAGGGAAUAGACAAAACGCCCGUUGCGAGGGGGUGGGGCAGGGGGACGGUGCCCAGAGGGAAAUCCCACUCUGGCCCCACCUUGCCCCUGUCUGCGCCGGCAUGGGGGCGUGGAAUGAAACGCCUUCGGCGUGGCCACGCCCCUCCUCUGCCUACUCUGGCUUGGCAAAGCCCGAAAAGACGCGCUCUGUCUGCUCUCUCCCGGGGUCCGCCCCGCCCUAAUCUGCUCUGGCGGUCCUUACAAAUGCCGCCGGUGCCCGUGCUUCCUGCAUCCCCACAGCUUGUGCUGGAGUGGUGCCCCCAGUCCCUGCCUCGGUUUUCACCAUCCGCGACAUCAGCGUGCGCCCUGCCCACGCUUCCGCAUUCCCGCGUCUGCGCUUCUGCAUCCCCGCGUUCCCGUGCUUCCGCAUUCUCGCGUUCCCGCGCUUCCGCAUUCCCGCGUUCGGUGACCGCUGCCUGUGAUCCUUGGUGCUUACCGCGGAGGCAAAAGCAGCGUUGGAGAAGGUCCAGCAGGCAAUGACAUCGCGACAGGCACACAGAUGCGAUCCCAAGCUUCCCUUUCGGUUCAUCAUUCUGGUUUUGUUUUUCAGACCCGGACCCAAGAUGCUAAGCCUCCCGACCGUGCUCUUUCUGACCAAGCUGCUAACAUUCACCCAAGCUUGGACCGUCCCACAGUCGCGAGCCAACGUGUGGGCUCUGCUCGCGGAAUCUAUGGGACAGGAUCACAUCUGUCUCAAUCAAGCAUCAGUCUCAGACCCGAUGUCCACAUGCCUCAUGGGGAUUCCCUUUAGACAGUGGGAAAUGCCUGAAAGACUUCUCCAUUGUGCCCACUGCAUCAGUAAGACCCCCCAAUUUAAUCCUUUUAUUGGCUGGAAGAAUUUUGUGCUUUCCCUGCCAGAUAUGAAAGAGGAACCCCGAGAGCUGCGGCUCCUCGGAGCAACUACAGCUCCCGCCUGCAUUCGUAUUACCAAUUCGGCCGACACUUUAGACAACCGCACCAAGCACGCUUUUCAAUCUAAAGUGCUAGACAGAGCCCACUCGUGGUGCAAGAAGUUGGCCAAGGGAGUUCUUCCCCCUCAAAUUCACAACCACCCCCAAAAGUUACCCGAGGGAGUCUUUCUGAUCUGCAGAGAUCGGGCUUGGGCAGGUAUCCCCUCUCGUCUUUCUGGAGGUCCGUGCACCCUAGGAAAGGUAGGGCUGUUCACACCCAACAAGAUGCAAAUCACGGAUUGGAAAGAAAAACAAAAGAAACAAAGUGGUGCACAUGGAUUGGCAGUUUCCAAAAGAGACCUUAGAAAAUUAGACCCGGAUUGCGAUUCGGAAAUUAUUCAUUGGAACAAAACUAAAGAGGUCGCAAUCACAAAUUUUGCCCCAUGGGUCUCCUUUGCUAAGGCCGUGGGGGAAUUGGGGCAUUUAAAAUGUUGGGUGGCGAAACAAGCAAAUUUAACCUCCAAAACCCUAUUCAACCUCCUGGAGGACGAGGAAAUAAUGAGGCAAGCUUCCCUCCAAAAUCUGGCAGCCAUAGACUACAUCAUACUUCUCCACGAUCACAUGUAUGAGGAGUUUGAGGGUCUAUGUUGUUUUAAUCUGUCGACUCGGGCUGAGAGCACUCGAAAACUCAUUGUACAGAUGCAAAAUAUGAUCAGUGACAUCAAAAGAGAGACAGGUGAUUGGAUGAGCAACAUUUUUAAAGGUUGGGGUUUAUCUGGAUGGGACGGGUCCAUUUUAAAAACAUGUCUGUUGACUUUGUUUAUUAUUUUAAUUGUUUGUCUUGCUUUCGGACUAAUCAGGAGAUCGUUAAUUAAGUUAGUUUUAAGUUCCACAUCUACCCCCUCUCCGGCUGCUGCUCGGGUCGCCAAGGCCACAGCUCCUGAAGACGAGUUGAAGGAGCUUGAAAAGGAGCUUGAAGAAGAAAGUGACGGUGAAAGCCUCGCAGACGAUUAGUGGCCAGCUCAACAACCUCGAUUCGCCAAAUGUUACCUGGACUCUGAGCAUCUGCCGGACCCCCCUCACUUCUGUUCUUUUAGUAAAAAGAAAACGGGGAGGUGUGGCAGUGUGUUAAUUUAAUCGGUUAGGCUUUCUAUACUUUUGUACUUGUUGGGUUCCCUGUACCCCACCCCUCGAUUGUUCCUUUGUUUAACUCACAUGACUCCGGCACCUGUCAUGCGACACACGGUUAGCUGCCAGUCAUUUCUCCCGCCUUUGUAAAUCCCUCCUAUUUUUCCCCUGAUUAGUCCAAGUAAUGUUCUAUUACACCUGUAUCCCCUGGCAACCUGCCCCGGUUGGCUGGCAGUGGCUGGCCACCCCCUUUGUCCCCCCUCCGAAUCCUUCGGACAAAAACCCCCCGCACCCCUCUCCCCCCGAGCAGUUUCGGGCUGAGGAGGUGUUUGCAAUAAACCCUCUGUUCGUCUGAAAUUGUUUCCUCCUUUCUUUCCACUGCCCGUCGAAUCUCCAUCGCUCGCAUAAGCCUCUACCAGGCAAAGAACCCACAGGAGUCAGUACUGCUUGUGAGCUUGCAGACUGACCCCCUACCACUCUGUCGCUGUGUCUGGGCCAGCGGCGACAGAGCCCGUUGGCUCUCUGUGAGCACACCGACGGAUUAAUCUAAUGGAUAUUGUGGUGCUUUUUAUGUAGUAACACUAUUACUAAA